AUGGGUAUCGGUGGACGCUUCCUUAAGAGCGUCGUCAAGAACGAUGCCAUGAAGGUCGACCCCCCGGAGAUCUACAACCCUCGUGUCUUCUUCCUGGCCCUCUGCUCGUGCUUCGGUGGUACUCUGUUCGGAAUGGACAUUGGUAUCAUUGGGGGUGCCAUCAGCCUUCCUACGUUUCAAAGUGCAUUCGGCUUCUCUGAUCUCGGGACCGACGCAGCUGAGAAUGCCAACGCCAAUCUGUCUGCCAACAUCGUCAGUGUCAUGCAAGCCGGAGCCUUCUUCGGUGCCCUCCUCGCCUAUCCCAUCGCCGACAAACUUGGACGAAAGCCGGGUCUGCUCAUCGCUGCCACCUUGGCCUUUAUCGGAGGUCUGCUUCAAGUCGUCUCCUUCGGCCAUCUGGAGCCGUUGUAUGUGGGACGAACUGUUGAGGGUCUGGGCCUGGGCGCUGCGACGAUGUUGACUCCCACUUACAUCUCGGAGAACUCGCCGCGUGCCAUCCGAGGCAUGCUUGUCGCCAUCUACCAAUUCAUGGAGGUCAUCGGAAGCAUGGUCGCCUUCUGGAUCAACUACGGCGUCUCGCUCAAUGUCACCGGCAAUGCGCAAUGGCAGGUUUCAUUGGCUAUGCAGUGCCUUCCUCCUGUUUUGCUCUUCAUCAGCAUGCUGUUCUUGAACGAGUCCCCACGCUGGCUCGCACGCACAGACCGAUGGGAGAGGGCCAACGCGGUUCUGUCCGGCAUCCGCGGCCUCCCCGAAGACCACCCAUACGUGCAGCAAGAGAUUCUGGAAAUGCACCGCCAGCUGGAAGAAGAGAUGGCUAGUGUCAACGGCGGUACAGGCUACGGGGCUAUCUUGAGGGAGAUGUUCACGGUUCCCGGCAACCGUCGCCGGGCGUUCCUCUCGAUGGGCCUGAUGUGCGCUCAACAAUGGACCGGCACUAACGCGAUCAACUACUACGCCCCACGUAUCUUCGCCUCCCUCGGUCUUUCCGACAACACCAUCUCACUGCUGGCCACUGGUGUCUACGGCGUCGUUCGAACCAUCGCCGUCACCUGCUUCCUCCUCUUCGUCGCCGACGCCGCCGGCCGCCGCUGGUCCCUCAUGUGCAGCGGCUUCGCCAUGUUCCUCUGCAUGUUUUACCUUGGCUUUUACGUGCGCUUUGCCAACAUCAGCGACGAUGCCCCCGUGCAGGCCUCCGGCUACGUCGCGCUGGUCGCCGUCUACCUCUUCGCCGCGGCCUUUCAACUGGGCUGGGGUCCUGUAUGCUGGAUCUACGUUUCGGAAAUCCCGACUUCGCGUCUGCGCGGCUUGAACGUUGCGCUCUCGGCUGCUACUCAAUGGCUGUUCAACUUUGCUGUUGCGCGGGCUACGCCGGUUAUGCUGACGACCGUGGGCAAGGGCGGGUUCGGGACGUACUUCAUCUACGGCUCCUUCUCCGCCGUGAUGAUUGUGGGGGUGUGGUUCCUUAUUCCAGAGACCAAGGGUAUCUCGUUGGAGCGCAUGGACGAGCUGUUCGGCGUGGCCAACUUUGGCGAUAUUGAGGACAUCGGCGCGGCGGGCAGACAUACCAAGGGUGGUGUCGAUGAGGUGGAGGAGAUGAAGCAUUGA